GAAUCCACAAAUAAGUAAACAUUCUUUGUUUAAAAAGCUUAACUGCUUUUAUUGCACUAAAUGCACACAGAUGGGUCCUGUUUCUCUGAAAGGUUCACAUGUCCACUGGAAAUGUCAGGUUUCCACACUGCAGGCUGCAUGUUGGACCUGGACUGAACCUGGACUUAACUUCACAUUUACGACGAUGACAGAGAAAAAUUUCCCCCUUCAGCAAACAAAUGUCAAAAGAGCCUUUUAGCGUCCAGCUCUGCACGUACAACGUUCUGCACAGUGAAGGUCAAAUUUCCAAGAAGGGUAACAAAACCUGCAGUCCAUUUUUGAAUAGAGAGACAAGUUGUUGUUGUUGUUGUUGUUGUUGUUGUUGUUGUUGUUGUUUUUUAAAAAGAAAGAAAUUAUUAGAGACAACCCAUCUACAUCUAUGGAGAAAAUUAGCCAGCUCUUUUAUCUAAUAGGCUCUACAUAAACAGAAACAUUCACCGGGAAAAACAAUAUUGGCACAGCCAGCAAACAUCCAAUACCUUUCACCUCAGUGCCCUCAGCCUCUAUUCUAGGCCGAUGCUACCAAACAAAAGAACAAAAUACACAUGUUCAUGAAAAGGAGGACAUUGCAAAGGGUGUUUGCUGAUCAAUAACGAAAACAGUCGGACACUAUAGUAAUUGCAGAGAGCCACUAUACUUGUAUUUUCUAGAUAAUGCCAUGUUUAGGUGAUUGAAAAUCAACAGUGGCAGGGAAAAUGACUGUAUAGUCUUAAGAAAAGGCACAUUGAUUGCCUUCAAGCAGCGCUCACGUUCUGAUAUGACAAAUAUGAAGGGGGAAAUCACUGGACCUAAGUAACAAAAAAGGUCACCCAAACUGUUUUCAUUUUCUUUUCCUAUCCUCAGCGUUGCUUACCCUUUCCAUGGGACUCAAGUCUUGCAUGAAAAAAAAAAACUAUUCCCCUUUGUCCUUUGUGUAAAUUUAAUGACGUUAUUUAUGACUACAAGGGAGGAAAUGUUUUAAGGGGCACCUGAAGAAAGCCAUCAAAGGAUAAAAUAAUAAAACAGGAUCUGGGAAAUACACUCAUAAGAAAUCCUGAUGUCAGUGAGCAAGAAGCUAGUCAACCAUUAAAAGACUAUUUGUGGUGUCCUGCUGGUGAGAAAACAUCUAAAAGGGUCAGACAGCCUGGCAUGGUGUUUUUUUAGGUCUUUACAUAGAACAAAAAUGCCAUUUUUCCCUUUUGCUUCUCCAGUAGACAGUUAAUUAUUUGCAAUCUAACACGUGUAAUGUCGGUGAUUUAAUCAAGGAGCUCGGGAAUGACACUCAAAUGUCAUCAAGAGUGUUGAUGAGGGUCAUGUCAAAGAGAUUCAUAGCUAAUGAUACUGCAUAGUAGCUUUUAUGUGCUAUGAGCCUUUAGGUUUUAUCGCAAGAAUGCACAAUUUUACAAAAUAAUAUAACCUCUACCUUUUAUUUUAGACUUGAAUAUAUAGAAAAAAGUCAAACGUGGUGUGUUUUCUUCAAACUCUGCAAGCUUCUGUUUAUAUCACUUUAUUUGACAGCAAGGAAGAGUAAAGGUUUUCCAGAAAUAAAGCUAAAAAACAAAUCUGCUUGUUUUGACAGCAGCACUGAUUGUCACACUGAGGUGAAAUGGCUCACCCUUCCCCGAUUGCUCUGUGCCUUUCAUCUUUUACUGAGUCCUAAAAAACACAUGUUCAAUUCACAAUUCCUGAGCAAGUGUCAGGCUGUUAUUGUUUGUCCGCUGCAAGGUCGUCGUAAAGCUCAUCGAGUGACACAUCUGAGAAACUUAAAGUCUCUCUAUCCCACAGCACUCUCUUGUGAAAAGACAAGGAGGGGGUGAAAAUUAGGCCAGGAUAUAGAAAAUAAUAACUCAGUAGUUACUGUCCUGAGGCUGUUUUCAAGCUGCCUUGUUGGCCGUUUAUGAGACCUUCUGUCACCAGUGUAGAUAUACUAUUGUCAGAUACAUGACCUGGUCAAGGACACAGUAUUAGGUUUGCUUUCUGCGUUCGCUGCCUCUUCUACUGCCGUUUCUGUUUUCUCAAAAAUUACAUAACUGAAACUGAACAGUGCAAAAUGAUCACUAUAGAUUUCAGGCACCAACAAACGCGUGUAACCUCAACACAAGGCCAUUGAAUCUAUAUGUCUCGAUGGUGUAUUACAUUAUACAAAGCAAGAAUGUGUGUCGAAUAGAAAACAGUUUUUAGUUUAAUUCGCUGGUAUAUUUAAUUAUGAUUAUUUACUUAUGGAACUUUUUUCCAAGCAGUCAGCCAUUUUUCCAAAUUUUACAACUGUGCACAGUUUAAAUUGUAUAGAUUGAAUGUUGAAGAAGCAGCGUAUUGAAGUAUGGUUUCUUAUUGGGGCUAUAAACUGUCUAGACAACACUCCCCUCUUUUUCACCUUCAGCAAGUCCCUUAAAGGACAUUUGUUUAUUUGAAUAUAAUGCCGUGUCUUUGUCUCACACUUAUCAGCUGUGGCAUUAUAUAACACUUACUGAGGCAUUUUAGAGUGAUAGAGAAUGGUAGAAAGGCCAGUAUCACCAAGAGUUACUGAAACUUUGCAUACUCCUGUCUGUAGGUCAUUUAAAUGAUAUUUUCUUAAAUGAACAUCAGCGCUUUCUCCUAGUAUCAAUCACUCUUUCAUGCAUGGAGCUACUUGUUAAAAAGAAAAUCCAAAUUAAAAAUGUUUCCUGAACUUAUCAGGGUCAAAAACAUGUUUUGUAUAAAUACAAAAAAAAUUGAAAGGAUACAGUGCAAGCUGGUCUGAUUUUCACAUAGGAAGUUGCAUGAAAACCAGCCUUAACUACAGUGUUGCGGUUUAUACUUUUGUUUUUUGCUUUUCUUAAAACUUUAACAUUCAAGCCUCAAUCUAUGAAGCAUGAACACACUUGCCCUAACUUGCCUAAUAGACUACAAGAUCUGCAUUUAUGUGUCAAUUGUGCUUCCACGAACAGUUUAAUCCCUUUACAAGCUUUAUAUCUGUAUGCCUGUUGCUUCUUUUCCUGUCAACAUGCAUAAUUUUACCCAAAAUACACUUUUGUCAAACUACAGUGACCUUCACUGUCCUCUAUGAAAGCAACACUUUAGUAUGCCCUUGGUAUACCAAUUAAUGUCUGCAUGAGUUAAUCUGCGAAAAAGACCUACAAAUAGAACUCCAAGGUUACACUACAACCAUAUUCUGUUAUUCCUAUACUUUGCCCCACACACAGUCUGCAGCAAGACUGUGUGUUUCCACCGGAACAUAUAGCACCCUUUAGAAAUCUGUGGGUGACUGCUGUUGUGUAGUGAGCUAUAAACAUGCAGGAGGUGAUCACUGUGCUCUGCAUUAAUAAAGGUUCCCCCUUUGUAAAUUCUCCUUUGUGAUGUGUAGUGAACUUCCUGGAAUGUUUUUUCGGCACACCGACUGUGCCAACAAUGUGAAUGCUAAUGUGAAGCAGGACCAACAGAGUCAUUCCAGCAUCAUCCUGAUCCCAUAAUAGAACCCUUGUUUUUUUUUUCUUUAUUUUGAUUUCCCCCCCCUGACAAAACAACAUUAUUAUGGCGAGUACAGCAGCAGGAAAUACAGUGACAGAUUCAGCCUCUUUAAUAAAUAAUACAUCACUGCAAAUGGUUAACCACACAGCAGUUAGGGACAUCACCUAGCAUCACAAUAAUUUAUUGACCAGCUCCUUCAAUGCAAAACCACACAUUUUGAGCUAUUUUGAAAAAAGAGUUGCGUAGUGGGGGAGCUUGACCGUUUGGCUUUCUCAUUCAUUCAUUCAAAUAUAACCAACAAGACGUUGUUUUCAUUUCAUGUUUGACUCUGUUUCCUGUUAUGGCUCAACGGUAUCCUUAGAUGACUGUGUUCCCUCCAUUAGUGUACAUCCUUGAGACAAAACUGCUCUAACGUUUCAUAUUUAGGAGAUCAACAUUUACUAGUGCACAAUAUUCUUUUUUAAAAAGAUUAAAGGGAGGGGCACAUAUGUGCAUGUACAUGGUUAUAGCCUAUGUUUUGAUGAGCAUAAACUGACUUUCUGUAGAACUAUUUUGCCAUAUUUCCCUGUAGGAACAUCCUACUUAGUCUACAGUGAUGCUAUUGGAUACAAAACGCUGUAUGUAAAAUAUGUGGAGUUUCCUGGAAAGGGAUGGCCAAAAACCCAUAAACAAUAAGUUGCUUUAAUGAAAAUAAAUGGCAUAAAGUAGGAUCGGAUCAUUAAAUUUCGCUGCUUUGAGUUUAAAGUCAAAGAAACAAUAUUUGGCUGAACUCUCGGUCGCCUUUGUCUUUCUGUGGCAGGCAAAAUAUAGUUUUCCUGAACAAGGAAAAGUACUAUAAGUUGGGUGUUAUUAACCCUGCCUCCAUCCAGAGCGCCAUCCACUAGCAUGGCUCCUCCCGCCCCCUUCUGGCACUCUGCUCCGCUCAUCAAUAGGGAGCGCAUUUAAAUAAUGUGUGAGCGCUUGGAUCAGAGCCAAUCAGCUGUCAGGGGACCGUGAUAAAUCGCAAUGCAUUAUUGAUAAUAAUAAUUACGUUGACAUGCGCAUUUCUACUUCAGGGGUUAAUUUUCCGAGCCGAAGAAUCUGUUGAAGAAGGGGAGGAAAUUUGUCUGUAACUCUUUGCUCCUGAUGGUCGCACCAUGUCGCGGCGCAAGCAAGCCAAACCGCAGCACAUCAACUCCGACGAGCCCGGAUCGAUGGAAAAUGGGAUUCAUCAAGGUGAUUCCGCUGAGGAGAUUGGAAAUGAAGUAAAGAGGUUCAGAAUGGAUGAAACCAGAGUGUGCACCAAGUGCUGUGCUGAAUUCUUCGACGAAGAAGAAUUUCUUGAACAUGAGAAAAAUUGCACAAAAAGUCAGCAAGUGGUCAUCAUGAAAGAUGGAGACGGCAGUGACGAGCCUGAGAAAUAUUCACAGGGUUCUUCUGAAGGCCUUGCCAGUGAUCACGAAGACGGCCACUCCAGCAAUCAUUCUCCAUCGCGUGCCAACACAGACCAGCUUGAAAGAUUGGAGGAGGAGUCCAGUGCAAAUGCAGAUGAUUCCAGACACCAGGAUCGGGGAGAGAUGUCUGCUAGUCCUGAGAUGACUUUCCAACCCUCCCCCAAAAGGCAAGAUUCAAAUGUUACUCUUGAAACCAUGGCUGACACUAAAGUGGCUGUUUCCCAAAUUCCUUCAAACACUUCUCAGACUUCACAGGAUGCCAUGCAGGCCAUUCCAGUAAUCCUGGAACAGCUAGUGUGCCUCCAGCAGCAACAGCUACAGCAAAUCCAGCUCACCGAACAGAUCAGAAUCCAAAUAGCCAUGAUGGUCCCACAGAGUCUCCAAUCAUCAGUAGAGUCAACAAUGGAUCCUCUGAGAGCCCUUGGUGCACAUCUCUCUCAGCAACUGUCUGCUGCAGCAGCACUGAUAGGAAAAAGAACCGGCAGUCAGAGCCUUUCCAUGGAGAAACUAAAGCAAGGUAAACUACCUCUACCCACUGGCAUGUCUCCUGCUCUGAAUGCAGGAAUGGGCUCGAUGACAUCAAACACAGACCUUUUAAAGGGUGCUCCAGAUCUAGCCGGACGUUUACCAGUACUCAUGCCACAGUCUUCAGGUGUUCUGGGUUUCCCUAGUGUGUUCAGUGGAGUCCAGGCAGGGAUCGAUGCCUCCAAAAAAGUGAAGCCAAAGAUGCUGAACAUCCCACCGGAAUCAAAGAGUGGGGACCCACUAUACAAGCACAAGUGCAAAUACUGUGGAAAGACUUUUGGCAAUGACAGUGCCCUCCAGAUUCAUUUGCGUUCUCACACCGGGGAGAGGCCUUUCAAGUGUAACAUCUGCGGAAACCGUUUCACAACCAAGGGAAACCUCAAAGUGCAUUUCCAGCGGCAUAAAGACAAAUAUCCUAACAUCAGCAUGAAUCCUCAUCCUGUACCCGAGCACCUUGACAAUAUUCCGACCAGCAGUGGGAUUCCCUUUGGUAUGUCCGUACCCAUGGAUGAGUCAAACAUAACCGAAAUGAAGCCUGUGCCAAGUCACCCAGCGGCUGUUUUCAGCCCAUCAUCCAUGCCAGGGUUCAAAACAUUUGAUGGCUUUGGGGGUGAUCCAUUUUCCCAGAGACCCUCGCCAUCAACAAGUAAUGGCUCCCCAAAUGUUUCGUCUGUGUAUGGCCAAGACGUGGGCCUGGAGCCCAACCAGAAAGAUGCUAAAGAGAUGCUUGGAGCAUUGCACCACAUGAAUGGUAAUUCUCUCUUAGGGGAGCAAAGCUCUGGAACAGCAAAACUUCAGCAGAUGGUGGAUGGACUGGAGAAGAAGACUGGUGAUCCCAAUGAGUGUGUGAUCUGCCAUAGGGUACUGAGUUGUCAGAGCUCACUCAAAAUGCAUUAUCGCACACACACUGGCGAAAGGCCGUACAAGUGCAAGAUCUGUGGCCGCGCAUUCACCACAAAGGGUAACCUCAAGGCUCAUUAUGGUGUGCACAGGGCUAGCACUCCUCUUAAAAUGCAACACUCAUGCCCAAUCUGCCAGAAAAAGUUCACAAAUGCAGUGGUUCUACAGCAGCACAUUCGCAUGCACAUGGGUGGGCAGAUCCCCAACACCCCCAUGCCAGAAAACCAGUUUGAACCAGCAGAAGCAAUUGUGCCUUCUCUCCCAGAAGAGAAGUCUAUUGACGCCAACGGAUUUGAAGCCAGCAUGGAAGAUCAAGAGCCAGAGCUUAACAAGACAGCAAAUGACUCCUCCAGUUCCCUGCCAUCUGCCGCUGAGGAGCAACCACAGAAGCUUGCAGCCCCUGUAAUGUCCAGCCUAGAUGUUUUGAAGAAUCUCUCCAAUGCUCUUGCACUGAAACGACAAAAUAGCACUACUUCAGAAAGUGAAGGAACAUCCAAAGAAUCCCCACCAGCUCAGAGAGAGCAGGAGUAUCAAAACGGCCGUAGUCCCUCCAUCUCAGACUCGGCUGCGUCUUUUCGCUCCUCUUCUCCAGUUAACAACAUUAAUGGCAAAUCUCCUCAGCCUGCUCUUGAUGAAUUUCCCCAGAGCGGGUCAAAACCAGAGUCAGAUGACGCUAAAGAUGAGUCAAGUGGCGCACUUGACCUCACAGCUUCCAGCAGCUUCACCCCAAAAGCAAUUAAGGAAGAGCCUGGCAUGUCUUUUUCAAAUGGAGACUAUGUAGCUUCCAGUAACAUGCCUUUCAUGAGGAUACCACCAACGUUGGCCAGUCUAGAGAUGAAGGUUCCCCCAGAGAAUCCUCUGGGUCCUCACGGGUUGUUCAGCUCCCAUGUGCCUCAGGGAACAGCCAUGCCCUCCUCAGUGUCCCCUGCACCACGACGAUCAGCCAAACCACAUGUGUGCCAUGUCUGUGGCAAGAACUUCUCCUCUGCCAGUGCCCUGCAGAUCCAUGAGCGCACACAUACAGGAGAGAAGCCUUUCGCCUGCCACAUUUGUGGCAGGGCUUUCACAACGAAGGGAAAUCUAAAGGUUCAUAUUGGCACCCACAUGUGGAACAACUCAUCAAGGCGUGGCCAGCGUCUGUCUCUAGAUAAUCCCAUGGCGUUGAUUGCAAUGACCCCAGAUGCAAAGAUGAUGCCAGAAAUGAUGCAGGCCCCCAAAGAGCUGGUCGCUCCUCCGAUGAACUUUGACCCAUCUCUGUGGAACCAGUAUGCGACUGCUACCUUCAGUGGUGGCCUGACCAUGAAGACCAACGAAAUUUCUGUCAUCCAGGGAGGUGGCAUCCCACUCCCUGGGAGCCCUGCUGGAGGGCCCCUGAUUGGCUCCACUGGAGGCCUCAUGAAGAUUGAUGGAUCCCACUCAGGCUUGCCUGCCACCAUGGCUGAAAUUGAGAAAAAUGGCUCAGACAGUGUGCCAAAAUCACAGUUUCCACAUUUCAUGGAAGAGGGCAAAAUAGCAGUUAAUUAGUUUCCCUUGUCUUUCUUUCUUUAUCCAUCAGGUAAUAAACACAUUCACUUUUGUGAAUGUCUCUCUUCUUUAUUGAGGUACAAUCAAUAUUCUGAGAAAUCCUUGUUGAUUUGCUGUUAAAUUGGUUAAAAAUGUCCAAUUAACUUUAUUGCAGCUAUGUUCCUCCUGAUCUCAGUGAUUCUUAAGUGUUAUUACUAGUCAAAUCUGUAUAACUGCUAGGGAUGCAUCAAUACAACAGCUUAUUUUUUUUGAAGGACAUUGACAAAGAAGACUUGCUGAUCUUUCGAUUAAUGUCUGUCUAUUGUUGCAUAAACUUUGAUGGCAUGAUGAAGCGCUGAAAAACUUUAUUAAUUUAGUUAAAAAAAGAUUUCUCUGGUUCCCUGGUACAGAAGGGGAGGAGAAUGACCAUAUCCCAAGCUCAUGAUUCCAGUUGGUGCAUCCCUAAAAACUACUGUAGUUGUAUUUUAUUUCAUGUAAUUAUAUAUGCGGGUAUUUGUUUUCUUUUUUUUCCCCCAGUGAGUUGUUUUGUUGUCUCUCCAGAAAUUGAAUGUAUAACUUACUUGAAACUGCUUUAAUUCAAGACUGUCUCCUUGAUACUUUUGAAGGAUUUUGACUUUAAUAGGAAAAUAACCUGAACGUGCCAGCCUGAUGAGUCAGAAAUAAUGACGUAUUUGACCACAUGUGUCCAUACUACUUCCCCCUCCUGUUGUGUGCCAUAGGUUACAUGAUAUUGUACAUAUUUGUAGUGGUAACUGUUAUUAGCUUGUCUGUAAUUGAAAAGGCGUUCUGAUCAGAUUAAUGUAAUGGGCAAUGCAAAAAAUCUCUCAAAGUGCAACAGUUCAGUCAUAGCUGAAUUUUGGUUGCACUGGCGCCAGGAUACAGUAGUUAAUAACUUGUACCCUUUUCCAAGUGCCUAGUCUGAUUUCAUGGCACCAUCUGGUUGUAACAAAGGUGCUGUUUGACUUGAGAUAUUGUGUUGUGACAUGGCAUGUAUAUCACAUCUUUGUCAGCUUACUAAAAUCAUUUUUUUACACCCACGUAGUCCACUUCUACAACUACGGAGUAAAAUUUUGUUGGCUGAGCUCUGAAGGCUAUCCCAUGCUUAAUGUUCUCAUGCCUGCACUUUAUUUAAGGUUUUAGUUUCAUUUACAUUGUAUAGAUACAUUUACGUCACUGCUUAAUUGUACUGGCUAAAAGGGGAAGAGGUCAAGCCAACAUUUGUAUGUGUAUUUCCUUCCUGUAACAAACAGCUGUUUACGGUAAUAUACAACUUGUAGCAUGAUUAAUUUAUUUAUAUUACACAGUGCUUGAGUUUAGGGGUAAGUUCUACCUCUCUUAGAUUUUAGUUGUCCCAUAUGCCCCUUACACUCAAUGCAAUGCUCUGUACGUUUCUGGGUACAUUGUUUAGUUUUGUUUUGUUUUUCCGAUAAUGCGAUAAGAUUUCUCACUCUCAACCUGCUGAGUUGAACAGUAAUGAAUGUAUGUCUGACACUUUACACAACUCAGAAUGGUCCAAGUGCUUUGUAGGUCCCUGCUGUACAUUCCUUAUUGAUAUGCAUUUGCCAAGUUGUGCCUUUCUUUAGCAACCAUGUCAGAAACUGCUUUCAAGUUGUCUCUACAGUUCAAGUAAUGUUGAGCCAGUUUGAUCCGUUUACAGUGUAAAUAUUUCUUCUUCUUUUUUUUUUCUUUUUUUUCAAAGGUUUCCUUCACAUAAAUGUUUUCUGAUUUUUGAAAAAUAAAAUCAGGGUGACUUUUUCAACAUCCCUCC